AUGUCAUUAAAAGAUCCCUUAGUCUAAACAGAGAACACCACCAAGAGUGAAUAUGUUCCCCUCACUUAUGAAGAUCAACCCUCUGGUGUUAUAGAUUAUGUAAUGCUUUCUGGUUUGAUGCUUUCCACUUAUGCUGUAAUCGUUGCUAUAUUGUAUGGCUUAAUUUCUUGGGCUACUGAUUCUAAAAAUACUCAAGCAAACAACAACAAAUACUACCAUGAAAAUAUGUACUUCAACUUAGUUAUUUUCCUUGUUUAUAUUGUUGCUUGCGGCAGUUUGUGGUUCUUCCGUAUCGGUAAGAGAGAUAUCUACAGACAAAAGUUGAUGGAAGAAUAACUCGCUCUUAAGGAAAACUUAAAAUGA